CGCGCGUCUGCAGAGCUCGCGCCCGCGCCGCACUGGCUUCAGCACCUUCUGCUGUCCGCCGCUGCGCUCGCCUCCUCCAGGUGCUGACUAUUGUGAGGCCGAAUUUCCAAUUGCUUUGAUUAAAAUAGAAACAUUCUAUGGCUUGGAUGACUUACAUUUCAAAUUGGUUUGAGCAAGAUGAUUGGUAUGAAGGACUACAAAGAGCAAACAUGUCCCAGGUAAGGCAAGUGGGACUGUUGGCUGCUGGAUGUCAGCCAUGGAACAAAGAUGUGUGUGCUGCCAACGGAGACAGGUUUGCCUACUGUGCUACCCUGGCCAUCUAUAUUUAUCAGUUGGAUCACCGUUAUAAUGAAUUCAAACUCCAUGCAAUUAUGUCUGAACAUAAAAAAACAAUUACAGCUAUCUCUUGGUGUCCACAUAACCCUGAUCUGUUUGCAAGUGGCAGUGCCGAUAACUUAGUGAUCAUUUGGAAUGUUGCAGAACAAAAAGUCAUUGCUAAACUCGACAAUACAAAAGGAAUGCCGGCCUCCCUGAGCUGGUGCUGGAACACAGAUGACGCUGUGGCGUUUGUUGCCCACAAAGGCCCACUGUUCAUUUGGACCAUCUCAGGACCAGACGGUGGAGUGACUGUACACAGAGAUGCUCAUAACUUCUUGUCUGAUAUCAGUAUAUUCAGAUGGCAUACGCAGAAACGGGGGAAAGUUGUAUUUGGCCAUAUUGAUGGGAGUCUAUCAAUUUUUCAGCCAGGUAAUAAAAGUCAGAAACACGUUCUGAGACCUGAAUCUCUUGAAGGGACAGAUGAAGAAGAUCCAGUUACAGCUCUGGAAUGGGACCCCCUAUCUACCGAUUAUCUCCUUGUGGCUAAUUUGAAUUAUGGAAUUCGCCUAGUAGACUCAGAAUCACUUUACUGCAUAACAACAUUUAAUUUUCCCAAUGCAGCAGCUUCCGUACAAUGCUUGGCCUGGGUUCCCAGUGCCCCUGGUAUGUUUAUAACUGGAGAUUCUCAAGUGGGUGUUUUACGCAUUUGGAAUGUUUCAAGAACAACACCUAUAGAUAAUUUUAAAUUAAAGAAAACAGGAUUUCACUGCUUACAUGUACUUAAUUCUCCUCCAAGAAAAAAGUUUUCAAUCCAAUCUCCAACCAAAAAUCAUUAUACGUCCUCCACAAGUGAAGCAGUUCCGCCUCCAAUGUUGACACAGAAUCAAGAGUUUUCUCUUCCUCCGGGUCACGCAGUGUGCUGUUUCUUGGAUGGUGGAGUUGGACUUUAUGAUAUGGGAGCCAAGAAGUGGGAUUUUCUUAGGGACAUGGGACAUGUGGAAACUAUCUUUGACUGCAAAUUCAAACCUGAUGAUCCCAAUCUCUUAGCAACAGCUUCAUUUGAUGGCACUAUAAAAGUCUGGGAUAUAAAUACACUGACGGCGGUGUACACUUCCCCAGGGAAUGAAGGAGUUAUUUAUUCCCUGUCAUGGGCUCCAGGUGACUUAAAUUGUAUUGCUGGAGCAACUUCCCAAAAUGGUGCUUUUAUUUGGGAUGUUAAAAAGGGCAAAAUGGUACAACGAUUUACUGAGCAUGGAAAAAAUGGAGUAUACUGCAUUGCCUGGAGUCAUAAAGAUUCCAAAAGAAUAGCAACCUGCAGUGAUGAUGGUUUCUGUAUUAUUCGAACAAUCGAUGGUAAAGUGCUACACAAAUACAAACAUCCCACCGCGGUGUUUGGUUGUGAUUGGAGCCAAAAUAAUAAAGACAUGAUAGCCACUGGCUGUGAAGACAAAAAUGUUCGUGUCUAUUACGUGGCCACCAGUUCUGAUCAACCAUUGAAAAUAUUUAGUGGGCAUACAGCCAAAGUGUUCCAUGUUAGAUGGUCUCCUCUGAGGGAAGGAAUUCUUUGCAGUGGUUCUGAUGAUGGUUCUGUUCGAAUCUGGGAUUAUACUCAAGAUGCUUGCAUCAGUAUUCUUAGUGGACAUACUGCACCUGUUAGGGGAUUGAUGUGGAAUAGUGAGAUCCCCUACCUACUAAUAUCUGGCAGCUGGGACUACACUAUAAAAGUAUGGGACACUCGAGGAGGAAUUUGUUUGGAUACUGUGUAUGAUCAUGGUGCAGAUGUAUAUGGUUUAACAUGCCAUCCGAGCCGCCCCUUCACGAUGGCCUCUUGCUCCCGUGACUCUACAGUGAGACUCUGGUCAUUAACACCUUUAAUCACUCCUUUACAAAUAAAUAUUCUGGCAGACAGAUCUUGGGAAGAAAUUAUCGGGAACACUGAUUAUGCUAUACAACAAGGCACCCCUCCUCUGUUGUGUGGUAAAGUGUCAAGAGAUAUUAAACAAGAAAUAGAGAAACUAACUGGUAGUCCUCGAGUGAAAAAACUAAGAUGGUUUUCACAGUGUCUAUCACCUCCAGGUGGCAGUGACAAUUUAUGGAACUUAGUUGCUGUGAUAAGAGGGCAAGACGAUAGCUUACUUCCUCAGAACUACUGUAAAGGAAUAAUGCAUUUGAAACAUCUGAUUAAAUUCAGAACAUCUGAAGCCCAAGAACUAACAACAGUCAAGAUGUCUAAAUUUGGUGGUGGUAUUGGUGUUCCUACUACAGAGGAAAGACUGAAGGAAGCUGCUGAAAUCCACUUGAGAUUAGGACAAAUUCAGAGAUAUUGCGAACUUAUGGUUGAACUUGGAGAGUGGGACAAAGCCUUGUCAAUUGCACCAGGGGUCUCUGUGAAAUACUGGAAGAAGUUAAUGCAGAGGAGAGCUGAUCAGUUAAUCCAGGAAGAUAAGGAUGAUGUCAUUCCAUAUUGCAUAGCCAUUGGUGAUGUGAAAAAAUUAGUCAACUUUUUUAUGUCCAGAGGGCAGCUUAAAGAAGCUCUUCUUGUAGCACAGGCUGCUUGUGAGGGAAAUAUGCAAACCUUACACGUCUCUACACCUAAAGGAUCUUCCUAUUCUGAUGAUACCUGCAAGGAAGACUUUAAUGAACUCCUGCACACAGUCAGUAAAGAACUGGCAGAAUGGUAUUUUCAGGAUGGUCGAGCAGUGCUGGCUGCGUGUUGCCACCUCGCUGUAGAUGAUAUUGAGCUUGCUAUGACAUACCUGCUUCGUGGAAACGAACUGGAGUUGGCAAUCUGUGUGGGUGCAGUCCUAGGAGAGUCUGCAGCUCCAGCAACCCACUAUGCCCUAGAAUUAUUGGCAAGAAAAUGCAUGAUGAUUCCAAUAUGCUUUCCAUCUGCUGGAUACAGGAAUUUGGCAGCCGAUCUUCUCCUGAUGAUUCCUGAUAAUGAACUACACUUAGUGAAACUCUGUGCUUUCUACCCAGGGUGUACAGAAGAGAUAAAUGAUCUUCAUGAAAAGUGCAAGCUACCCACAGUAGAAGAAUGUAUGCAGUUAGCUGAGACAGCCCGUGCAGAUGGCAACAUAUUUGAAGCUAUAAAGUAUUACUUGUUAAGUCAAGAACCUGAGAAAGCCCUUCCUAUUGGUAUUGACUUCAUCAAAGAAUACAUCAAUAGUUCAAAUUGGACUUUGGAUACCAUUCAUCCUGUUCUUGACCUAUUGAGUUAUAUUCGUACUGAAAAAUUACUCUUGCAUACAUGUACUGAAGCUCGAAAUGAAUUACUCAUAUUGUGUGGUUAUAUUGGUGCAUUACUAGCUAUCAGAAGACAGUACCAAAGCAUUGUUCCAGCACUUUAUGAGUAUACAAGUCAGCUGUUAAAACGUCGAGAAGUGUCAGUGCCUUUAAAAAUUGAACACCUUUCUGAGGAAUUGGAUGCGUGGAGAGUGUGCACACAGUCCAUCAAUCUAUCAUCAGAAGAAUCUCCAUAUAUGCCUCCUUCUGAGUCACAAAGAAUGGUUUAUACAUCUUUGCUAAAGAAACUAAAAGAAGAACCACUUAGAGGAACUAUUGGACCAGAUUAUGUAACUGGAUCAAAUCUUCCCAGUCAUUCCGAUAUUCACAUCUCUUGUCUUACGGGAUUAAAAAUCCAGGGUCCUGUAUAUUUCCUUGAAGAUGGAAAAUCUGCUAUCUCAUUGAAUGAUGCUUUGAUGUGGGCAAAGGUGAAUCCGUUCUCACCUUUAGGGACUGGAAUACGACUUAAUCCAUUUUGAUAGAAGGUCUAAUUCCAUGCUUAGUUGUUUCUUUUUUUUUUAAAGAACUUUUGUGGGUUAGUAUUAAUUUAACCUUUAUUGUCCAAGAGCCAAAGGUUGGGAGGAGAAGGGGAACUGGAGAAUAACAAUUGAUUUUAUUCGUUUAACUUCAAAAAAUAAAAUAUUUAUAUGCUUUUGAAGAAAAAUACAUAUCUCCUUUAUAAAAUAUAAUAGCCAUAUUUGGGAGGAAGGUAAUGUUUAAAUUAUAAAGGAGUGAAUAAUCUAAAAGAGCAUAUAAAAGUUUCACGCAGCAUAAAAGUUACCCAAAUAUUAUAUUGUUGAAACACUGAAACAUAUAAAAUAGUGCAACACCUAGAAUAGUACUUGUUGCCCUAUAGUAAGGACUUAAUGAAUAUUUCAAUGACUGAGUAUCUCAAAAUAUCAAAAUGGAAGGUAUGUAGUACGACUGAUCAUCAAGUUAGCAAAUAUCCGUAUUGUCCUCUAUUUAAUGUUAGUAAACCACUAGUGUUAGCUCAUAUUUAAUAAAAGUUUUCAAUUACAAGUUUAAUAUAUGUCAAUAAAUGGAUUCACAGUCAAAAUACUUUUGAGUUUUAUUUUUUUUUAAAAGAAAACAUUACCAAGGUUUCUAUCUGAAAUUCAAAUGCCCGAUUAUAAAGGAAUAGGUUAAAUAAGCAUGAAAAAAAUUGGGGGAUGAAAAACAAAAUGCAGUCAAAUCUGUAUGAGAAUUUGCAUUUGAUGGUAAUUAAUUAUUUUAAAAGAUAUUUGCUUUCUAUAGAUAUUAGUUUUGAAUAAUGCAUUUAAUAUUUUCAUAAUCUCUAAUCAGUUUAUAUUAACUCUAACCCAUAAUUUAUUUGAUGAAUAUUGGUUUGAAAUAAAUUUAUUUGUAAAUAGGAUAUUAGUUGAAAUUUUGGAUAUAUUAUAUAAAUUCAGGUUUUAAAAAUAUUAAAAGAAUAAAGCUAUUUAAAGAAAGCAUGAGGCAUAACUGCAAGUAUUUCAAUUGUUCUAGAAUUCUAACUUUGAAAUUUAUGAAAUGAAUGCAUACUAGGAAGAACAGUACUUUGAUACUCAAGUUGUUUAUAAUAUAGAUGUUUUAUAAUAUAGAUGAUUUUGUCUAACUAAAGAGUUAGCUCAUAUAACCAGAAUAAUUGUGGGUUUUGUUAUCUUUAAACUUGUUGCAUUUAAAAUAUUUUUAAAUUUUUCUUAAACAAGCUUCUGAAAACAGAAAACAAUAUUAUGUACCUAUCUAUUACAUUAACCACUUCUAACUCCUCAAAAAGACAUUAUAGGCUUAAAUUCCAUUUUAUAAAAAAAAAAAUAAUUAACAUUAUAGAAAAGAAUGUAUGCAACUCAGAGAGCAAUGGGUAAUAUAAAGUGUAUCUGAGAAGUAUUUUUUUAACCCUCAGCGAUACGUGUAACUCUUUUUUUACAUGAGGAGGAUUAUUAGCAUAUAUGUACUAAAAUUUCCUCACUUAAAAAUGGCAGUCUCCUACUAUCAUUCUCUUUAUUUUGUUUUAAAUAGAUUAAGAAGUCUUUUGUGCUUUAAAUAUUUCAAAAGAUAUUAUUGAGUUUAAAUUAUAUGUAUAUAAAUAAUUGUUACCUUCUGUAUUUUUAAUGAAUGCAGGAAGAUGAUAUUUCUUAUGUAUAAAGUACUGAGAAAAAUCAUAUAACUCUUUAGCACUUGAAGACAAUAGAGUAACCCAAUUUCUGUCUGAAAUCUAAAUUGGCUUGAUUUAAGUGCAUUUCUGUUAUUCUUUGUCAUCUAUAAUGUUCUAUACCUUAAUUCUAAUUUUAACUAUUAAUUCUUUAUAGAAUUAUAAUUGUUGUUUGACUUUGUCAAUCUGUAUAUACUGUGCCUUAAUAUGAAAAACAAAGCAGUUUUUUAAAUUUAUAAAAGUAUUUUUCAUUGUUAGAUUUCAUAUGCAUAAAAAUUCAAACAAAUAAUAUGAACUUAUCUUACUUGUGGUCGAAGAUGUCCAUGUUACCAAUAAUAUGGACAGAUUAUUUUGCAAGUUUCAUUCUGCAUUAUGAAAGACGUCUCAUUAGAUUUUAAAAACAUUGAAAAAUAUUUUGCUAUAAAAAUUACAACAUGGUUAACAAAAUUUCAGUAGCAAACUGAGUUACAUUUCGUGAAAAUCUAUGAUUUUUAUGUCAAUUGAAGUUAAUGAACUCUCUCUCUCU